GCGCCGCCCGGAAGCGCUCCCCUGGCAGGCGUUGGUCAGGCUGCCCGGGCCUGCCGUGAGGACGCGGGGUGUCUUCGCCCCCGUCCGCCGUUAACCCGCGCCGCUGCGCGGGUGGCUGGAAGAAGCGUUGAUCGCUGUGGAGGUUGUUGAGAGAUCGCUCUGUGGCCGGUCACGUAGCGCGGCUCAGUAGCCUCGAACGUGGUAAGAGAUGGCUGCUCUGGCAAGAUCUUCUUUCAGCAAGGCUGCACGGUGUUUAUGGUGAUGAAUUUACAGACUCAAGACAGACUGUGGGACCGUUCAUGUUGGAAGGGACCUGAGGAGGUCUCCAGUCCGACCGCUUGCUCGAGGCAGAGUCAGCUAGGAGAAUUGACAUAAGCAGCAUUACAGAAAGAAAAUGACACAUUGGUUUCAUCGCAACCCUUUGAAGGCUACAGCUCCUGUUUCCUUCAAUUUUUAUGGGGUAGCUACCACUCCUGGUGCAACAAAAAUUUGCAAUGAUUUAAGAUUAUCUCGAACACGACUGUUGGAGCUGUUUACUGAUUUGAGUUGUAAUCCAGAAAUGAUGAAGAAUGCAACUGACUUGUACUUCUCACUCUUGCAAGGUUUUAUUAUUUCACUGGAUGACUCUUCCCAGGAAUGUAAGUUGCGAUAUAUUCAGAAUUUCAAAUGGACAGACACAUUACAAGGACAAGUUCCAAGUUCUCAGCAGGAUGCAGUGUUUGAACUGGUUUCCAUGGGAUUUAAUGUAGCUCUGUGGUUUACAAAAUAUGCAUCAAGACUCGCUGGAAAAGAAGAUGUAACAGAAGAUGAAGCAAAAGAUGUUCACAGAAGUCUGAAGAUAGCAGCUGGGAUUUUUAAACAUUUGAAGGAAAGUCAUAUUCCAAAAUUAAUUACACCUGUAGAAAAGGGAAGAGAUUUAGAAGCUCGACUUAUAGACUCGUACAUCAUACAGUGCCAAGCUGAAGCUCAAGAAGUGACAAUUGCCCGGGCUAUUGAGUUGAAACAUAACCCAGGUUUAAUAGCUGCUCUCGCUUACGAAACAGCUAACUUCUACCAAAAAGCUGAUCAAACAUUAUCCAGUUUGGAUCCAACCUGUGUAGGUAAAUGGAGGAAAUACUUAAACUUGAAGACCUGUUUCUAUAUGGCCUAUGCGUAUUGUUACCAUGGUCAGACUUUGCUGGCCAGUGAUAAGUGUGGGGAAGCAAUCAGAUCUCUGCAAGAAUCAGAAAAAUUUUUUGCGAAGGCUGAAGAAUUGUGCAAAGAAUAUGGAGAAACCAAAGGGCCUGGGACUACAGCCAAACCUUCUGGACAUCUCUUUUUUAAGAAAUUAGGAAGUUUGAUUAAGAACACUCUAGAAAAAUGCCAGAGAGAAAAUGGAUUCAUUUAUUUUCAAAAGGUGCCAGCAGAGGCUCCCCAGCUGGAACUGAAAGCAAACUAUGGCUUGGUAGAGCCAGUUCCUUUUGAAUUUCCUGCCCUGAAUGCACACUGGACUCCUGAAACACUUGCUGCAUUUGAUCUCACCAAGAGGCCAAAGGAUGACACUGCUAAACCGAAAGCAGAUGAAGAUGUAAAACCUCUGAAGGAACCAGAUAUAAAGCCUCAAAAAGACAGCGGCUGCCAGAUUUCUUAAGUGCCAUAAGUGCUUUGAAUUCCUUUUAAAACUAUACUAAUUGGACUUUGGGGCUCUUAGUUGUGAUCCUCCCUUUCUGAUUCUUUUUAAUUUAGAAUAGUAAUUUAAUUUGUUUUUAUUAGUAUGGGUCUAUCUUGCUUGAGAAUGUAGUGGAUUUCUAGAAGAAAUGUAUUUAUAUUUGACUUAUUUUUUGUUUUAGCAGGAUAUUGUAGAAUGAAUCGGCUUAAAUGUCCCUAUUGUGCCUCUAGAGAGUUUCUUCUUAUGGGUUUAGUUUCUACCCACAAAAAACAAAGAAAGAAUCAUGACUGUAACACUGAGGAUUUUCUGUUAAAUUAUAUGCUAUAUAAUGUCAAAUUCUACAAACGGAUAUUAGCAUGAGCUGUUACAUCCAUUUAGGUUUGUCCUAAAGGCGUAACUCCCUGAUUCACUUAAUUGUAUUGACUGAAGAAAAGUUGGAUUUGGUAUGUAGCAUUUGUAUAGUGUUUCACAGGACUUUCACAGAAUUUGGAAAACUUGACGUUCUGCAUAACAAGAGCGCAGUUUAUAUUCUUCUGAAACUAUUGGACUCUUCUUUUAUAGAUUUGGAUUCCUGUAUCAGAGUUUAUAGUAAGGUAUUUUAGCUUGACUGUCCCUAAAUUAAAAUCCUUUAAUGUCAGAUUGCAUGUGAAAGUGAUGUAGCAAGUAACAAGGAAGCUCUUAAAGGUAAUGCAUCAGUGUCAUUCGUUUGUAGUUCUUGAAUCUAGAAAGACUUUAAAAGGUUGAGAGCUGCAGAUGGUUGAAAUCCCCUAGCAUUAGAAAAGCUCAAUCUGGAUGCAUGAAAUUGUCAUGUAUAAAAAUAAUGAGGUUGUAAUUAAGAUGCUUUGUUUCCAUUUGAGUAACGUCUGUAAGAAACCAUCCGGAGAACAGGUAGGAAAUAUUAGCUGAAGAGCUAACGACACAAUUGGGACAUCAAGCUCUAGAUUUCCUUUACACCAUAUGUAAACAGUGCUGUUUCGCAGCAUCACACUGAAAUCAGCUCCAUAUGAAGAGAAUUUACCAAAAGCCAAGUCCAGCGAAGACUGAGGAGGAAAGAAUUUUGUAGAACUUGCUUCUUCCAUCUCUUCCUACUGUGGAAAACGUGAUAGUAUUUUUUUAGUACUGAGCACUCCAAAACACACAUAUCAAAAAAAGUUUUCUGAUUUGUUGCAAAUGUAAAAGAGUGAUAUCUGAUGUGUAUGUUAAAGUGAGUCUUGCAGUCUCCAGGUCCCAGUUGCUGCCCUUCAUUCUACCUGAGAAAGAAACUGAACAGCCUGAAAAUGUUCCUGUUUAAACAAAGUGUGAUGAUAUAUGCACUCAGCGUGACAGAUGCUGUGAAUGUAUUCCUUGCAUUGCCCUCUUUGGUUUGGUUCACCUUUCGCUGUAGUCUAAUUCAGUGGCUUUGUGUUUGAAAUCUUUUGUGGGAAUGGACCAGCUUACAAGGUGUGUAGCUCCUUGAAGGCUUGUGGAUCCUCUUUGAGGGGGUUUAAUAUGAGCACAAGACUCUUCCUUGGAUACUGGACCAAAGUACACAAUUCAUUGCUGCAAAAGACAAAGAGAAUCUUAAUGCUGACUGCUAUGAGUGAAUCAAAUGCAGAACUCACUCCAUCCAGUGAUGGUUCUUUCAGCCAUUUCUGCACAUUAAAAAUAAGUACAGAAUCCAGAGGAUCACUUUGGAAGAACAAGAUUCUGUUUUGAAGGGGCUUAUGUGAAUGGAGCAUAAUAAUCUAGAGGGAUUUAUAUCAAAAAUAUGUCCAUUUUUUCCAACUGCACAGCAUACACAAAGAGGUGACUUGAGUGUAUUUGAUGAAGAAUUACUCAGAUCAUUACUUGAUCAGUUGACUUUUUAGGCUUCUUGCAUUAGUAAAAAGACCCAGCUUAAGACUCAUUGGAAUGGAGUGUGGAGCUACUCUGCCAAUACAGAUUUUAAUAUUCUUAAAAACUUACUACAGCUGUAGUCAUCUGCAUCUGCUUAGCCUGACCCCUUUAAGGAUCAAGAUUCCAUUAACUGGAUUUCAUAAUCAUGAAAUGUCAGUUGUUCAUUGUUUUUCAGAAGUCUGUGUCUGUCAAUGCUGAUAGGUCUCAACCUACUUAAUGGUUCUUUUGAAACACACUAGAUUCUAUUUUCCUUCUUCUCUCUUGCUUUCCCUCCCAUCUGCUACACCCUGUGGCACAGACUCGCCUUUAUUUCUUAACGCACAUGUGUGUGCUGGGACUCGUUUCCAGUGAAGCUUUUUAGCAUGGGUGUUUUUCAGUGUAUGAAUAUCUUAAAAGAGCAAAUCUUGACCAAAUCAUUCCCCCUAAAACAUUUCAGAAAAGAUUAUUUUAUGGAAUUGCAAUUUUAAUUCUUUGGAUGCUUUCUCAAACCCAAGUGAUUUAUUUCAGUCAAAUUCCCUGUAAAUAGCUUUGGGUAUAAGCAACUGGAUUAUGUCAGACUAUGGCAUUACUUAAUCCUGGCUGUGUAAUCUCUUAUGCCAUAGCUGUUUCAGUAGAUAUGAUGUAGUAGUUUAAAAAUAGUCUAAUGGAUCAAACUAGAUUACUUAUGUUGCUUUUCAAGACAAACUUUGUUUACUUUCAGUUUAAAAUCCUAUGGCAAACACUGAACAGUUUUGCCCAAGAAUAAGGAAUUUGAGAUUGUUUGCUUUGCCAAGCAAAUACAUAGAAUGCUGUCAGUCGACAGGCAGUUUUUUUGCUUUGGUUUUGUUGAGAAGUGGUAAGAAUUAUUGUACGUAAUAUUUAGAUUAACUGAAACUCCCAUUCAAGUCACCUGUAUUCCUCAGGAAAUUGUGGACAGUUAAUCUGGAAACCUAGCAGCCACUUCCCUUCUAUUAUGGCUUCCUGUAAUAAUUUUUUUUUAUGAUGUAUUUUGAAUGCUGGCUUUUUAAUAUUGUCAUGCUGCAAGAGCCCAUUUUUUUUGGUCUCUCUCUGGGUUUAGAGGCUCUCAUGACUAUACCUACAAAUGUUGUUCAUAUAAUAAUGUCUUAAAAACUUGUGCUCAGUCUGAACUAGGACAAAACUGCUGCCGAAUAAAAUACUGAGCACUGGGUCCUCUAUUUUGUGCUUUUAAAAAUGCACUGAUCAUCUUAAUAUACUAAAAAGCAAAUCAGUAAGUGCUGUAAAAAUUCUGCUUUGAGACCUUUAUACUUCUUUAAUGUUUCAUGUUCCUAGGUUUACCGUAGUUAAUGUCCAUCUGGCAUGUGACACUCCUAGAACCAGAGGACUGAACUUAGCCCGUGGAUGCCAGUGCCUGCCUCCCACUGGGUUCAGUGGGGAGUUUUGCCUGUCAGCCUAAGGAUAACAUUUGGUCACUUGAAUGUUCAGCAUGAAUAUGUGGUGUGUCUGUAAUGAUGGUAUUGGUUUGUAGUAUAAACAAGAAAACAUACCUGUAUCUGUGUAGAAUAGAGCCAACUUUGCACUUUAGAAAUUUCUAAUCUUGUAAUUUCAGUACAGUACAAUGUGUUUGUAAAUAUUCCUUCUUAUCUUUCCAAUUUUGUUGUCCUGAUUUCAGUACUGUGGUAUUAGUACAAUUUUUAUGGGAAACGUUACUAAAAUCUAAUUGUCUAUAUAUAAAAUAUGCUUAUGAAGCAUAUCUCUAUCUUCAGUACAGAGGGAACAUGAGACACUGUCAUCUGUUUUCCAUGUCAGUUCAGAGAAGUUAAGUUUAUCUCUGUUGGCUGGGGGAUUGUAUAUAAUGUUUUGUCUCAUCCCUAUGCCUAGCAUCUGAAACUGAAGCUUCAGCAUUAACAAAAAUCCUGUUUAUGCAUAUUACUUAUCCCUAAAAAUCUCUCUAAAGAUUAUUAUUGCCAAAUUAAGAAAGCAAUGUGAGCUAAACUUGUUUGGAGUUGGCAUCUUUAUGGGUUACAAACUAGUAUUUGAAGCAAGUGUAUACUCUGAUUUAUUAAUUGAAUGGAAUAAACCAUGGUGAGAUUGACCAAGCCACCUUAUUUUAUGAAGACAGUCACCAUGCAGUCUUAGGUUUGAUAGUUUGAAAAUUUGUAUAUAACCACCAGUUUCAGAAUACUAUUUAAAAUAAAAAUAAGCAAUCAAUGUGU